AGGACCCGGCGGCAGCGCUGCCUCCUUCAUGGGGCUGGAUGUGUUUACAGUGGGUGAGAAUGAAGCUUUAGGAAUUUACCUUUUUUAUUAAUCCUUCAAGAUGAUCUCCAGCUUUGAUACCGAGGGAGCGAUGAAGACGGGCUUACAGUGACCGAGUUGUUUUGAUGGAGUCCUCGCGGGGCCCUGGCUCUCUCUCCCGCGAGUACAAACUGGUGAUGCUGGGGGAGGGAGGAGUGGGAAAGAGUGCCAUCAUCAUGCAGUUUAUCAGCCACAGGUUUCCUGAGGACCAUGACCCGACAAUAGAGGACGCGUACAAGACGCAGAUCCGCAUAGAUGAUGAGCCGGCAAACCUGGACAUCUUGGACACAGCAGGACAGGCCGAGUUUACAGCUAUGCGGGAUCAGUACAUGCGAGCUGGCGAAGGCUUCAUCAUCUCCUACUCCAUAACGGACCGCCGCAGCUUUCAGGAGGCGCGCCACUUUAAACAGCUGAUCUACCGCGUCCGACGCACCGUGGACACACCUGUGGUGCUCGUGGGAAACAAAUCGGACCUGGCUCACCUCAGACAGGUGUCUGUAGAGGAGGGAAAAGAGCUGGCGAGGGAAUUCCAGUGUCCGUUUUUUGAGACGUCGGCAGCGUUUCGCUACUACAUCGACGAAGUCUUCGCUGCACUCGUGCGCCAGAUCCGUCAGAAGGAGGCAGAGGUGGUGAGGGGGAACGAAAGAAAGAGCCGCCGCUCGCAGUCGUUCUGGAGCCGCCUGAAAGCGCCCUUUCACAGGAAGCAGCAGUCCGAGCACUGAGGGGUCGGACGGCAGACGGUGGUCCUCCUUGAAGAAGGGAGAGAAAGUUACUGGGGUUUUUUGUGUUUUCUCAUCUGUACACUGAAAAAGUGGUGCAUUGAGUUUCCUUGACUCAAAUGUGUACGUCAUUUCUGCAUGAAGGAGCUACAUCAAAGCUAUUUUGUACUUCGGUUUCUUACUUUCAGCAGUAACUGUGUUGAUGUAGCCCAAUUUAUUCACGUGGAAACAAUGUACACAUUUGAAGCAGAGUAAGUCCAGUGCAGUCAGUGCAGUCAGUGCAGUCCUCUUACUGCCUCUAAAUGUGGGCGGUAUUGUGAACUGUUGGCGUAGACAGCGUUUAUGAUUAAUAAUUUUGAUUAAGCACUCCAAAUCGCUUCAUUUUGUCGAUCGGACACGAACCAACCCUGUAUGUGCAGGACACACACAGUUGCGGUCAUCAUACAGUAUAUAGGCUACUUACUGUUACCUUCAUAGGCUGACUUAUUAAUAAUACUGUAGUACUGAGUAGUAGUGAUAAAACUAUUAAACUUGACAGUGGGGUCUUUUUUAAUAUACGGGCAGCAUUUCUUUUUCUUUUUUUGAGGUUGGCUUUCAGGAGAACUGUAGUACCUCAGAGUUUUAAAAAAAGAAAGUAAAAAUAAGAAAGUCGGGGCGAGUCGAGGAAGAUUUUUAUGGGUGGAUGUGAAGAGCAGAGAGCGAUUAGGUUCACAGGUGGUCUUGAGAUUUCAUGGAAAAGAGAACAGAGAGUGUGCAGUAUGUGGGGGUGUGGCCGAGAGAGAGAGAGAGAGAGAGAGAGAGAGAGAGAGAGAGCAAGGUAGAGAGAGAUACAGCGUACACUGAAAAAAGUGCUGCAUUGAAUUUACUUGAUUCGGGUGUGUACAUCAUUUCUACAUCCAGUACAACGUUGGCUUUCAGUUCACUCUCUUUGGCAGUUGAUGUGCUGUGCAAGAGCCCGAGACCACCUUCAUGUAUUUGAUAUCUAACCAAAAACAGCCUUUAAGUUCAAGUUGUGUGAGAUGUUUCUGAGAUUAGACGUAGGACAAUCCACCUGCAUGACGAAGGAGAAAGUCAAAGGAAAAAACGUGAGUUUCCAGAACUGGAGUUCAAAAACUGAUUAACAGCUACAGAGAAAAUGGGGCUCCUAACAACCACCUGGAAGGCCUGGUCGACCCCAAAACUGCCCCCAUCGGCGCCAGUCGGCUUAAAGCUCUCAUCUCUGAGAUAGAGAGGAGAAAACCAAGCUGCUCCAGAUCUGAAAACAUCCACAGGUGUUUCUGUCCAUCCUUUCCACUGCGAGAAGACCGCUCAGCGCUGUGGGUCUGAAAGGACGUGUAGCUGUUCAAGAAGAACCUCGCUGAGAAAAGGAGACGGACACAUCACACAAAGAAGCUGAACGAUGGACUGACCACCCCAGAGUCCGGACCUCAACCAACUCCUAAGACUGAACUUUGGAGUUUUGAGAGAUUUUUAAAGAAGAACUGAAAGUGAGGCUCCUGAAAAGAAUAGAAGCUGUAAUAAAGGCAAAGAGCGACACAUUAAACAGUAAAAAAAAUAUAACAUUUAGUUGUUGAGGCUUUUCGCCAAUUUUCUGUUAAAUUUAUAUAUUUAUUUUCCCUGGCGCUGAAAAAUGAAUAACUUGUGCUUAAAGGCUGAUAGCUGACAUAACUAAAGCGUGGUCUCUGACUUCUGCACAGUGCUGUAAUACAUUACACUCAUCAUUCAGUGCGUGAUGCUCUUCAGUGCAGGUGAAAUAUGGGCUGUGCUUACCGGGUUUACAGAGAUGCAGCGAUACGAUAGUCGGCUUAGCCGAGAGAAGAACGGAUUCUGUAGAAGUAUCUUUUCAUCCUGGCUGUGCCUUUUGUCCAAAGCUCACGUCCAGGUCUUUCUUGCUUUGCAGCUGUGGACCGUAGGUUUGUUUGCAGUGCAGCUGGAUGUGUUUUGAUGGGGACUGAGCUCUUGUAAGAGGUUUGUAGAAGACACACUGGGAACGUCCAGCCACAUGGAAAGUUUCAUGGGAAUUUUUCAUUUAUGCAUAAUUCCGUCGUUACAGUGCAAACGAAGUCAUUCAGAGCGGCUUGGUGUGGAGCGCUCUGUUCUAGAGAAGCGUACCGAGUCAGAUUUGUCCACAGUGGUGGUGAUAGGAACCAGACAUCUACCUCUAAAAGCUCCCUCACAGAAAGCGAUUGUGUUACGAUCGUUUUGAGAAGAUUUUGGCCUGUGUUUUUUGAUCUGUUCGUGGUAGAGGGGUACUUGUGACGUGCAGUAGCCCCCCGGAAAUUACAUAUGAAAAUCCCACUGGUGCUUUUGGAUAGUAAGUAAAAUGGCUAUAUUUGUGUUGUAGUCAUGGCGACCCCUGGUUCCCAUCACCACCACUGUGAAGACGUCUGAGUUCCUGCAGUCAACCGUUUCACACCAAACCCGCUCUGAAUGGCUUUUGCAGUUCUGUAUAGAUUUGGAAAAGCUCUUGUAAUUCCCCUUUGGUGGACUUGAUCACUCGGUGGAAGACGGAAGACAGUGUUGUAUUUACUUCCCUACACAGGGUAUGAGGUUUUUACCAACCGUUACUGUUGUAGAGUGUGUUUCUUAGUAAAUACAUGAAAGGAAACCUUACCUCUCCCAGACUGGCAUCCGAAUGUGACGUCUAUGUAGUUUUCCCUCUUACCCAUGUUGUGCAAUUACUACACAUAAAAUCUGAAUGUUAUAUCUGACUGUUGCUGAGCGUCGAGCACACACCAGACCUUUUUUAAAGUGUGAGAUUUUUUUUUUCUUAAUUGUGUGAUCAUGAAUACUAUAUUUUCCUUAAUUUAUUUUCAUCAGAGAUUCUGGAAUAAAAUUGACGUAGAGAAGUUUAACACAGUG